GGGGCGAUGCAAGAUGGCGGCACUAGCUGAGGAGGCGGCGGAGGUGGUGGCUGUGAAGCCGGACCCUGACGCGGGGACAUCCCCGCAGCCCCCCCCUGCCCCUCCGACCGCCACCGCUCCUGCUGCUCCCACGCCUGCGGCGGCCGAAGGGGAUGCGGCGGGGGGCGGUGGGGACUCGGCGCCCCCUAAGCCUGCGGCACCGGGCCCGGCCGCCUCUCCGGCGGCGCUGGACCGGCAGACUCUCGUGGCCGUGUUGCAGUUCCUGCGGCGGAGCAACCUCCGCGAGUCCGAGGAGAUCUUGCGCCGCGAAGCUCGCCUGCUCGGCGACGACCUCGGCGCCGCUGCCCUCAGCCCCACCGCCGCCGGGCUAUUGGGAGCCCCGGGCGGAGAUGCGGACUCCGCCGUCGGCGAAGCGUUGCUCAACCGGGUCACCACCGCUGCCGCCAUCGCGAUAGGAGGCAGCGUCUCCACUGUCGCCUCUUCUAGCCCCGGGGUGGCGGCGGUCCCCUCCUUGCCGCCGGGAAAAGUUGGAGGAGGUGUUGUUGUGGAAGAUCAGCCAGAUGUGAGUGCAGUAUUGUCUGCCUACAAUCAGCAAGGGGACCCAACACUGUAUGAGGAGUAUUACAGUGGAUUAAAACACUUCAUUGAGUGUUCUCUGGACUGUCAUCGAGCAGAGUUGUCUCAGCUGUUUUAUCCACUCUUUGUGCACAUGUACUUGGAAUUGGUCUACAAUCAACAUGAGAGUGAAGCAAAGUCUUUUUUUGAAAGAUUUCAUGGGGAUCAGGAGUGCUAUUACCAGGAUGACCUGCGUGUGUUAUCUAGUUUAACCAAAAAAGAACAUAUGAAAGGAAAUGAAACCAUGCUGGAUUUCCGAACAAGCAAGUUUGUGCUGCGUAUUUCCCGUGACUCUUACCAGCUCUUGAAGAGGCAUCUUCAGGAAAAGCAGAACAAUCAGAUCUGGAACAUUGUUCAGGAACAUCUUUACAUUGAUAUCUUUGAUGGAAUGCCUCGCAGUAAACAACAGAUAGAUGCUAUGGUUGGAAGCUUGGCUGGGGAGGCAAAACGAGAGGCUAAUAAGGCAAAAGUUUUCUUUGGCUUAUUGAAAGAACCAGAGUUUGAUGUGCCUUUGGAUGAUGAAGAUGAAGAAGGAGAAAAUGAGGAAGGAAAGCCAAAGAAGAAAAAACCUAAAAAAGAUAGUGUAGGGUCAAAAAGUAAAAAACAAGACCCUAAUGCUCCUCCCCAAAACAGAAUUCCUCUGCCUGAAUUGAAAGACUCUGACAAGCUGGAUAAAGUAAUGAACAUGAAGGAAGCUGCAAGGCGUGUGCGUCUUGGCCCAGAGUGCCUGCCCUCCAUCUGUUUCUAUACGUUCCUUAAUGCUUACCAGGGACUGACUGCCGUGGAUAUUACAGAUGACUCGAGCAUGAUUGUAGGAGGCUUUGCUGACUCAACUGUCAGAGUGUGGUCUGUGACUCCAAAAAAACUACGCAGUGUGAAAACAGCAGCAGACCUCAGUCUUAUUGACAAAGAAUCAGAUGAUGUCUUGGAGAGGAUCAUGGAUGAGAAAACAGCAAGUGAGUUGAAGAUUUUAUAUGGUCACAGUGGACCUGUCUAUGGCACCAGCUUCAGUCCUGAUAGGAACUAUCUGUUGUCCUGUUCUGAGGAUGGCACUGUCAGAUUGUGGAGUCUCCAAACAUUCACGUGUUUGGUGGGAUAUAAAGGACACAACUAUCCAGUAUGGGAUACACAAUUCUCUCCUUAUGGCUAUUACUUUGUGUCAGGGGGACACGACAGAGUGGCUCGUCUAUGGGCAACAGAUCACUACCAGCCUUUACGGAUAUUUGCUGGCCACCUUGCUGAUGUGACUUGUACCCGAUUUCAUCCAAAUUCUAAUUAUAUUGCCACGGGCUCAGCAGACAGGACUGUACGGCUCUGGGAUGUAUUGAAUGGCAAUUGUGUAAGAAUAUUCACUGGACAUAAGGGACCAAUUCAUUCAUUGGCAUUUUCUCCUAAUGGACGGUUCCUAGCUACUGGAGCAACAGAUGGAAGAGUUCUGCUGUGGGAUAUUGGACACGGCUUGAUGGUUGGAGAACUGAAAGGGCACACUGACACGAUCUACGCGCUAAGAUUCAGUAGAGAUGGGGAGAUUUUAGCAUCAGGUUCAAUGGAUAACACAGUUCGUCUGUGGGAUGCUGUGAAAGCAUUUGAAGAUUUAGAAACUGAUGACUUUACUACAGCCACUGGACAUAUAAACUUGCCUGAAAACUCACAGGAGCUGUUACUAGGUACAUACAUGACCAAAUCAACCCCGGUCGUACACCUCCAUUUUACACGCAGGAACUUGCUGUUGGCUGCUGGAGCCUACAGCUCACAGUAAAUUGGGAAGCUGCAAGACUGUGCCAAGUCAUUGCAGUAAUGACCUCAGGAUUUGAGACAAGGAGGAAUGUCUUGGACAUGUGGACCCAGUCUGCUGCAGGGAAAGCAAAACUGUAUAAACUAAUGCGAGCAGCAUCUUCUCAGUUCUCCUAUUUCGUAUUUAUCCACAGUGAAAAUGCUGGAGAUUGAUAAGACAUUGUGGCUUUAAAAUAAGGAAUUGUUGGUGGUGCUUUUUAUAAAUAUAUAUAUAUAUGUAUAUGAAAAUGGCUGUCAGAGAUGGUAUUUGAGCUUGGUUGAAACUUGUGGAAAGCUAACAGCCUUGGUAUGUGUUCUCAAAAUGAUUUUUUUAAAAGCACUUAAUUUAUGGUUAGCAAGUGUUUGAUCAGUCUCAAACAUAAGCAAAAAACUGUUCAAUUUAGAAAAGAAGAAUGUUUAAUUCACUAUAGCCUGAGCUGGACAACAGGUAUAGUGAGAGUAUCACAGCCACGAAUAGGGCAUUGAAAGAGUAACUCCUACAGUUGGACACUUGUGGAUAACUGCCAUGAAGUUUUGUGUGGUGGGUUUAUGCAUUCAUGUACUAAGUCCUGAAAAGAUUUCAAACUCCUGUGCUCUUUUGAGGUAUCACAAAGGCUGAUCUUAUUAUUCUGUUAUCAGAAGUAGCCAGUGCUGUGUGAUAAGCAACCGGAAGUGCAAUGUGAACUUUAUUUACUUUCAUACUUUAUUGUAUGGAAAAAAAAACAACAAAAGGGACUGAAGCAAAACUGAAAUAUCCAUUAUUAAAAAUCAGACUUAAACCCUUUUAUGUUGUAUUAGAUCUAAAAGACUUUAAAAACCUGCAUUAUGUUUUAUGUAUCAAAAUGUAAAACUAGCCAAGAAGUUGAAAAGUUACUGCAGAGUAAUAGGAUUAUACCCUCCCAAGUUAUCAAUUUGCUUUUGGAAGGCCAGCUUGCCAGCUGGAAACAAUUUCCACCCACCAAAACAUUGUACCCCAGUAAGUCCUCCUGGACAACCGCUAAAGCUCAGUGCUUUAUUUCUAAGGAAGAGUAAAACAUAGAAAACACUGGAAAGUGUAACUACGGUCCAGGCCUUUGAACAGCAAAUUGCACUGCCAAAGGAUAGGCCUAAUUUGGUGGGGAUUUGGGCUUGGGGUUUGUUUAUUUUUUUAGGGGUUUUGUUUUAAAUCUCUUAAAAGCUGUAUACAGGUAAAUCUGUCUUGUGUUCAUUUCUUCCCUGUAAGGAAUAUUUGAACAGUCUGCUGUCUCUCAAGUGAUAAUAAAAAUAAUUGAAAUUUCUAGGAUAAAUGGUGAACUACCUCCCUUCUCAUCCCUUCUGACUAACUCUUGGAGAAAAGGUCUGUUAAAGGCCUUAUACAUAAAAAAUAAAGAGUGGAAAAGUCACUGGGAAGCUCACCUGGAAUUUUUUUUGAAAGAAAAGAAGGUUAAAACUAAAUUCUUGUGUUUGGUUUUUUUUUAUGUAAUGGUACCUCAACAAAGUUUCCUAGCUCUCUGUGACCACUUGGGUUGAAUUACAAUUACGGUGAAUCAAACAAGUUACUGAAAACAAAGCAUGUACAGUUUUGACAGCUUAAAGAAAACACUGCCACAUCCUGCCUUUGUAUUUUGUACAGUUUUAUACUUUUGAUAUUAUAAUAAAUACUAAAACCAAA